GCCUGCUGUUCUCCAAUGCCAACUUUACUCGUACUGUAGGGCAUGCCAGUGAUGGACCUCAAAUCUUCAGAUCUCGACAUGUCCAACUACAGCUCGAAAUCCAACGGCUACAUCGCGCCUCGCGACUACCCUACUCCAUCCGGGCCUCCUCCAAGUUACUACAGCUUGCCUCAGUCGCAAAACCGCAUCGCGAGUUCGCAACCAAACCAACGGCAACCAUCGCCAAAGCCGAAGCAGUAUAAGCAGCCCUCUCACAAUUUCGCGCCGUUCGGGACCAUUAUAGUCCCCGCAGCCGGAUAUCGUCUCUCCGAUGGUUUCCCGACAGACCUCCCGCCCUCGUACGAGCAGCCUCACACCUUCGCCUCGCACGACGUGACCAAGGACGACUGGCUGCGGUUCCUCAUGGAUGUUCAGCGGGUCGCGCGGACGUCGCCAGAGGAACGCUUGAGGGAGAACUUCGUCCCCGAGCCUUCGCCCAACUCAAACGCUGCGUUCGCGUUGCGAGGUGGCCUCCUAGGCCUUGGCCGCGGCGGUCUAUUGGGAGCGAUCAUCGAGAGCGCUACUUCCCACACAAGCAGAGGGACCUCCAGAGCGCAGGAGCCCAUUUCGCAGCUCAUCGCGGAGUGGAACCGGGACUUCUGGAACCGGCGUAAUAUCGAAGUCUCCCUCGUCCUCAAGUACCCCCAGUCCGACUACAGCGGAGGCAGCGCGACGUACGGUCGCGGCUUCGGCUGGGGCGGACGCGCGGCCCUGCAUAACCCCAUCGCAGAUGCGCGAAGAGAGAGGCUCGCAGAGCGCAGGGCGCUCGGAGGCGGGCUUAUCGCGGACGUCCACUCGAUGCUUGGCUCGAGCCAGGCGUCGGCGUUGCGCGCCGCGGCGGAUCAGGAGCGGUACAGCGGGGGGCCGGCUUGGUGCUUGGUAUUCAGCUAUUGUGGGCCAGGUGGGGCGGGCUUCGCGAGCCGUGACAGCAGUGGGUUCGUUGCGCGCCCGUGAAGAGCGUGCAAUUGUAUCCUAAGACUUUGCGUAUGUUUCGUAGGGUCAUAAUGUAUAUGUAUC